AUGGAUUGGGGAGCUCUGCAUACCAUUUUAGGAGGUGUAAAUAAGCAUUCCACCAGCAUCGGGAAGAUAUGGCUCACAGUCUUGUUCAUCUUCCGUAUCAUGAUCCUGGUCGUGGCUGCAGAGAGAGUCUGGGGAGAUGAACAAGAUGACUUUAUCUGCAACACUCUGCAACCUGGUUGCAAGAAUGUUUGCUAUGAUCACUUUUUCCCCAUCUCUCACAUCAGACUCUGGGCCCUGCAGCUCAUCUUCGUUUCCACACCUGCGUUGCUGGUGGCCAUGCAUGUAGCUUACAGGAGGCACGAGAAGAAAAGGCAGUUCAGAAAGGGAGACCAGAAAUGUGAAUACAAGGACAUUGAAGAAAUUAGAAAACAGAGGUUUCGUAUUGAGGGCUCCUUGUGGUGGACAUACACCAGCAGCAUCUUCUUCAGACUGGUCUUUGAAGCAGUCUUCAUGUAUGCAUUUUAUUUCAUGUACGAUGGGUUUCGAAUGCCUCGCUUAAUGAAGUGUAGUGCUUGGCCCUGCCCUAACACAGUAGACUGCUUUGUUUCUCGACCUACUGAAAAGACGGUGUUUACUAUUUUCAUGAUUGCUGUGUCCAGCAUUUGCAUUCUUUUAAAUGUGGCUGAAUUGUGUUACUUACUGGCAAAAUUUUUCCUCAGAAGGUCUAAAAAAGCUGGAAAUCAAAAACAUCACCCCAACCACGAGAACAAGGAAGAAACAAAACAAAAUGAAAUGAAUGAGUUGAUAUCUGAUAGCUGUCAGAACACAGUUAUAGGAUUUACAAGUAGUUAAAGUGGUGUCGAUGCUGAUGUUCGCUCUUUUUGGAGGGAAUGUCCUUUGUUUAGAGGCUGCAAAUGAAAUUUGUUAUAUGAAACAAUUUAAGCUGGGUUAGACUUCAAUAUGUAGCGUCAGGUGUCAAUUACGCACAUCUGAAAAAAGUCAGGGCAGCCUAAGCAUGUGAAAAAUGCAUGAGGGUUAAAUAGCCAAGUGAAUCUUCUUCCUACGAGUACCCUUACAAACUGACUAUGACAAGCGGGAAACCUGCUAAUACAUCCUGAAAACUACAUGCAAUAGCAAUAAGAACAAAAUUCUUUCCAAGCUAGGCAUCCUAGUA